ACAAAGUAGAAGCAAGGAUCAGCAGAACUUUUCACUAUUUCAAAAGAAGUUAAGGACUAGAAGUGAAGUGAAGCUGAAUUUCAUUCCACAAUGAAGAUCCUCCUCAUCUUCAUCCUCUACCUUAUCUCAGGAACAGUAGACUGCUCUGAUGUGACUGGCUUCUCAGGAGGAAGCAUCAUUAUGAUCUCUGAUAUACAAUGGGAUCCAAGCCAUACUAAAUAUAUUUGUAAAAUGGGACAAAGUGAUUGCAAUGAUAUAAUACGUUUCCGCAGCCAAAGUCACCAUGUUCAAUACAAAAGAUUCUUGCUGUAUAGAAACACAGGAGGAUCUUUCUUAGUGAUGAUCAGAAAGCUGAAGCCACAGGAUGCUGGAAUGUACAGAUUUGGAGUGGAGGAUCAGAGCAACUACACCGUGAACCUAAAAGUUCGUAAAGAUGCAUCUUGUGGGGUGCCAAAAAUAAUGAACGCUAAUCUUGGGCAGAAUAUAACUGUCACCUGUAACUAUCCAGGGGAGUAUGGAAAAAACAACAAGUAUGUCAUCACGCUGGAUGAUGAGACUCAAAUCAAACCCAUUAUUGAUACUCAGACAAUAUCAGAGAAAAGCAGAUUCUCCAUUUCUGACGACAGAAGUGCUAAAGUUCUCAGUGUGAACAUCAGCGAUGUGAGAGAAACUGAUGGAGUAUUUUAUUUAUUUGGGGUGUGGAACAAAGGGGCGUCAGUCGGGUAUUACUCCUACUUUACAGAGAUUCAGCUGCAUGUAACAGGAACCUACAUGACAACAUCAGCUGCACAGAGAGAAAUCCCAUCUGGUGCAGAAUAUUCCAAUUCCUCUGCCAUCAUCAGUGUGUGUGUCUGUGUGGCUCUGCUGCUGAUUGGAGGAUUUGCACUGAUGAUCUACAAACUGAGACACAAGAGAACACAUGACAGUACAAAUUUCAGCACUUUCAUCCAAGAGGAAACAUAAUAAACAAGACUGUGACCUACAAAACCAUACUGCUCACAAAUCCAUGCCAGUUUUGUAACACCUGAGGUUCUGGACGCCUGCUAACCAUUCUUUAUGUGUAUGUGUUGUUUUUUAUUUUAAUAUUAUUAUUAUUUUUUGCAUU